AAAGAUACUAGAAAAUAUUCUUUUUUUUUGGUAAAAGUUAAAAUUAUCCAAUAUAACUUUUGGAAAUUUUUAGAAAGACAAAUCAUAUAUUUACAAAAAGAAUGAUGAAAAUAAUGAAUUUAAAUCGAUGAAAAUCUGUAGCUGUUUAAGUUUCAAAAAAAAAACCUGGAGCUAUUUAUUAAAAGUGUGAUAAGAAUCUAAAAAUCAUAGUACAGUAUAUAUUUGUAGAAUCCACGUAAUUUAAACCUUUUACCAGCUUUAAUAAACCCCGAAAAAAACCUAGCACUUGAGCGCCAAGUCUGUGGCAAACUUGAGCACCAAGUCUCUGGAAAACUUGAGCCCAAGUAUCUGGUAUAAAACCAUUGGGUCCCCAGUUUACUUUUCAUUGUUUCAAUUCGCAGAAUUAAAAAAAAAAAAACUGUCGCCAUUCUCUAGCACGAUGAAGAAGAACAGUGCUCGAGUUUAUGAACUCAAGGAAGAAUUAAGAGCAUGCAGGCAGAGGAAAGGCAUGACUGUUGACGAUUAUUACAACAAACUCAAAACUAUUUGGGAAGAUCUCGCGACUUACCAACACAAACCUAAUUCGUGUCUUUGCGGUGGAAGCAACUGCGAAGAUGUGAAUACAUCUAGGGACGAAGAGAGAUUACAUCAGUUCCUCUUGGGAUUAGAUGCUUCAAUCUAUACCAAUGUUAAGAACGAGAUCCUUGACAUGGACCCAUUACCAAGCUUGGAACAAGCUUAUUCGAUGGUUGCUCAAGAAGAAGAGAAUAGGGUUUCGAGUAAUCAAGAAUUAAGCGGAGAACUUGCCGUUUAUGCAAUAAGUAGCGUAGAGGAAGAAUCUGUGGAGACGGCUGACACCAAUCUUGGCGUAACGGUCAAGAAAGAUGAAGAUUUCGGACAAUGGUAUUCUCAGGUUUGUAGGUGUGGUGAGAUGAUGGCAUACUAUGACAUAAGUGGAUGUUACAUUCUAAGGCCAAAUGCUAUGAAGAUUUGGAAUAUUAUGCGAACUUACUUUGAUGCUGUAUUGGAGAAAGCAGAAGUGGAUGAGAAUUAUUUCCCUCUGUUUGUAUCAGCUAGUGUUCUUGAGAAGGAGAAGGAUCACGUACAAGGUUUUGCUCCAGAGGUUGCAUGGGUUACAAAAGCUGGUAAAUCUGAUUUGAACGUUCCAAUUGCAAUUCGUCCAACGAGUGAGACUGUGAUAUAUCCUUACUUCAGCAAGUGGAUAAAGAGCCACCGUGACUUGCCUUUGAAGCUUAAUCAAUGGAACAAUGUUGUUAGAUGGGAGUUUAGCAAACCUACUCCGUUCAUCAGGAGCCGAGAGUUCUUGUGGCAAGAAGGACACACUGCUCACGCUACAGAAGAAGACGCAGAUAAUGAGGUUCUUGAGGUUUUGGACCAUUACCGUCACCUUUAUGAAGAAUAUCUCGCAGUCCCAGUUGUAAAAGGUAUGAAGAGUGAGAAUGAGAAGUUUGCAGGUGCACGUUACACCACAAGUGUUGAGGCUUUCAUACCAGAAACUGGUCGUGGUAUACAAGGUGCAACCUCGCAUUGCUUAGGAACAAAGUUUGCAAAGAUGUUUGACAUCAAAUUUACAAAUAAAGAAGGAAAAAACGAACUGGUGUGGCAGAAUUCUUGGGCUUAUAGUACCAGAACGAUUGGAGUGAUGAUAAUGACUCAUGGAGAUGACAAAGGAUUGGUGAAUCCUCCUAAAGUAGCACCAAUCCAAGUCAUUGUGAUCCCAGUGCCAUUCAAAGAUGCGGAUACCAAGGAGAUAUCUAAAGCUUGCUGUGCCGUGAAAGAUGCCUUGCGGGAAGCUGGUAUACGUGCUAAAGAAGAUUUGUCUGAUAACUAUUCUCCUAAAUGGAAGUAUUCACACUGGGAGAUGAAAGGUGUUCCACUUAGAAUUGAGAUCGGACCUAGAGAUUUAGCCAAAAACCAGGUCAGAACUGUGAGAAGAGAUAAUGGAGUUAAGGCUGAUGUUCCAAGAGUAGGUUUGGUUGAACACGUUAAGGAGUUGCUUGGAAAGAUUCAGCAAAACAUGUUUGAUGUAGCUAAGCAGAAGCGAGAUGAUGCUUGUGUGGUUGUAAAGACUUGGGAUGAGUUUGUUGAAGCACUUGGUCAAAAGAAACUCAUUUUAGCUCCAUGGUGCGAUGAAGCGGAGGUUGAAAUGGACGUUAAGAGAAGGACCAAAGAUGAAGUUGGAGCAGCUAAGACUCUUUGUUCUCCAUUUGACCAGCCUGAAAUUCCAGAAGGUAGGUCACAAUCUCUACUUAACUUUGACUUUUUAUCUCUCUUGAAGCUCAAAUGUUAUCGGGACUAAUUAAAGCAAUAUGUUUUUGUUGCAGGGACUCUAUGUUUUGCUUCAGGAAAGCUUGCUAAGAAGUGGACUUAUUGGGGCAAGAGUUAUUAGGUUCAUCCGUUCAUUACAUGCUUGCUUCUUGUUGCGUCUUUCUUUCUACUUCGUUUUGACUUUGGUCUGGUUUUGAUGCUUAACCAUAUAACAUUUCAAGUGCAAAUCUCUUAUUGACUAUUGAUAUUGUUAUUGUUAUUCAUUUAUUCAGUAAGCUUUUUCGUCUC